UACUAUUUUCUUCCUGGUCCAGAAAAUAAAAAGGCCCAAGACAAGAAGAAGACGCAGAGUUGGUGGUGGUCGAGAUCCGGCGCCGACGGGUCUCCUCCUCCUCCUCCAGUAAUGAUGAUGAUGAAGAUUCCGAGCGGUGUUGUCGCUUCAGUCAUUGCCUUCUCCACCGCUGCUCUCUCUUCUUCCUCCUCCGCUAUUCCUCCCGUCUCCCCAAAGGGCUGGGAAUCGAGGAAGACGGAGAAACUGGAGCCGAGGUUUGAUGGGCUGAGGUUUAUAGAGACACUGGUCACAGCACACAGAUAGAGAUUCAUUUUAUGACUUUGGCCUUGGGUGAUGCAAAAGCUUUGACACAAAGCGUGAGUGCUCUCACUUCGGGUCUUCUUCUCUUUUGUCUUGUUGUCUUCUAUUUACCAAAACAGUCUUACUUUUUACAGUUUUCAUUUGUGUACUGAGACUUGUAUCAUUAUUAUUGGUUGCCUACUUUGCUUCAAGGGUUACGCUA